GUCUUUCCCUUUUUUUUUUUUUUCCUCCUCCUUCUUUUAUGCUUUCUAUCCCCUAUCAAUCGAAGCUUUUAUCUUUAUCUUUGUAAACACAGUCUUCUGUUUUUCUUCAAUUUCUUCUUCUGCAAUCUCUUUCUGCAAAAUCUUCUUUUUUUCUCUGCUAUUGUUACUAAACAAGAGGCGCCAUGACUGGAAGGGAAAUCUUUCACAAAAUGAAGGUGAAAGCUUUUGGUUCUUCAACAGCUGACAUCGGGAAAGGGAAAGGCAAAAUGUCAAGGAAUAUAACCCAUGGCUUUCAUUGGAUGAAGGGAAAAUCAAGUCAUCCCAUGGAAGAUUACUUAGUCUCUGAAUUCAAACAAUUAAAUGACAAUGAGUUGGGUCUAUUCGCAAUAUUUGAUGGUCAUUUGGGCCACGAUGUGGCAAAAUACCUGCAAACUAAUCUGUUUGAUAAUAUCUUGAAAGAGAAAGACUUUUUGACAGAAACAGAGGAUGCAAUUAGGAGGGCUUAUUGCUCAACAGAUGCUGAAAUAUUGGAUCAAACUGUUCGUCUUGGAAGAGGAGGAUCAACUGCUGUUACAGCGAUACUGAUCAAUGGUCAGAAGCUGGUUGUAGCAAAUGUAGGAGAUUCUCGAGCUGUUAUAUGCAAGAAUGGUGUGGCCAGACAACUUUCGGUUGAUCAUGAACCAAGCAAGGAAAAGCCAAUGAUUGAGAGGCGUGGUGGAUUUGUAUCAAACCUUCCAGGGGAUGUUCCCCGUGUUGACGGGCAGCUAGCUGUAGCUCGAGCAUUUGGUGAUAAGAGUUUGAAGUUACAUCUUAGUUCAGAACCAGAUGUCAUAACAGAGAUUAUUGGUGAUGAUGUAGAGUUUCUCAUUCUGGCGAGUGAUGGAAUAUGGAAGGUAAUGUCAAACCAAGAAGCAGUGGACACAAUAAAACACGUAAAGGAUGCUCAAGCAGCAGCAAAGCGCUUGAUAGAGGAGGCACUUUCUAGGAAAAGCAAGGAUGACAUAUCUUGCAUAGUUGUAAAGUUCAAUUGAUAUGUUCUUCUAUGUGAGCCGAGUUCCCUGUCACCCUUAACUAAUGAUAUGGAAUUGUGAGUAGGAUUCGAAUCCAAGGGACAGAUUUAAGAAUGUUAGAGAAUUGUGAGCUGGAUUCGAAUCCAAGAGACAGAGUUCAGCGUUGGUUUGUCCAGGUAUCAUAUCGUAUUUGAAUUCUCAAUGUUGUAUGUUUGUUUAAGUCCCAAUAUAGGGCAUCACUUAGUUGUUGUUUGUGUCUUGACGUUGAUAUAAAUAGAUUGGCUGGCACACAAAGUAAGGUGUGACCACAUACUCACCUUU